GUCUGGAAUCACCUAACCGUCAAUCCGCAGGUCUUGCGAUAAUUAUAAUAAUUAUUGGCUUCAUCGCCGUCUUGUCCCACUGAUGAAACCGUUUCCUCCUCAUCAGUUUGACUCUGAGCCCAUCUCUCUAGAGUCUAUACCCAAUUGUGAAUGCCAAAAGCAAGAGAAAGCAGGCACCCAAAAUGGCCGUCUCUUGGGCUCGGUCAUUUCUCCUGUCACUACCCGUUUCAUCCUCGCUUAGCAGCUCCGUCAUCGCAAUCACUGUGUUCAUGACGCUCCUCUGUGCUUGCAUUGUGAUCGGUCACCUCGUCGAGGAGAACCGCUGGGCUAAUGAAUCAAUCACUGCGCUUCUUCUGGGUUUGGCUUCUGGGGCAGUGGUGUUGUUGGUCAGUAAAGGCCGCAGCUCCAGCAUACUGGUCUUCAGCGAGGAACUCUUCUUCAUUUACUUGCUGCCCCCAAUCAUUUUCAAUGCUGGUUUCCAGGUCAAGAAAAAACACUUCUUCCAGAAUUUCUCAAUAAUAUUAAUGUUUGGAAUAUGUGGCACAAUAAUAUCAUUCUGUCUCAUAUCAGGAGGGGCAUUUCUGUUAUUCAAAAGGAUUGGUAUCACAUCCUUGGGAACUCAAGAUUACUUAGCUAUUGGUGCCAUACUGUCAGCUACAGAUUCAGUUUGUACAUUGCAGGUCCUCAGUCAAGACGACACACCCUUCCUGUACAGUGUAGUCUUUGGGGAAGGAGUAGUGAAUGAUGCUACCUCUAUUGUGCUUUUCAAUGCAGUCCAGUCACUUGACUUAAGCGACAUUGAUGCCUUGACAGCCUUAAAGUUGUUGGGAACUUUCCUGUAUCUCUUCUUGACUAGUACUGUUCUUGGAGUAGCUGCAGGGCUUUUAAGUGCUUAUGGCAUAAAGACACUCUACUUUGCAAGACAUUCCACAGAUCGUGAAGUUGCAAUCAUGAUGCUUCUUGCCUAUUUGUCCUACGUGUUGGCUGAGCUGCUAUCUCUUAGUGGGAUUUUGACAGUUUUCUUUUGUGGCAUUGUCAUGUCACACUACACAUGGCAUAAUGUUACUGAAAGCUCACGGGUAACAACCAAGCAUGGAUUUGCAACAAUCUCGUUCAUUGCAGAAACAUUUAUAUUCUUGUAUGUGGGUAUGGAUGCAUUAGACAUUGACAAAUGGAAGCAAAGCAAUGCAAGUGCAGGAACUGUAAUUUCCGUUAGCUCUACUUUCCUUGCACUAGUCCUGGUUGGGAGGGCAGCAUUUGUUUACCCGCUUGCUAAUCUUUACAGUUGGAUUCAAAGGAGAGAGAGUGAUAAAAUUGCUUUUAAGAAACAGUUUAUCAUGUGGUGGGCAGGACUAAUGAGAGGCGCAGUUACUAUAGCAUUAUCUUACAAUCAGUUCUCAUCGUCCGAAGGGUCAUCCUCCCACGUGCAUUCACUCAUGAUCGCAAGUACCAUUAUCAUUGUUCUUUUUAGCACAGUGGUUUUUGGUUCAGUAACAAAGCCUCUAAUUGCAGCAGUGCUGUUAAAGCAUCCACAGCCAGCGGUUUCAGAUUCUAGCCUAGAAGAUUUGAGGCUUUUGUUCCUAGAAAAUGGACCGCCAAGUGGUAGUGGUAGUGGUAGCAAUCAACCAACUCGUAAGACUAGUCUGAGGCUGCUAAUAUCGAACCCCAGUUCUACAGUUCACUACUUCUGGAGGAAAUUUGAUGACCGAUUUAUGAGACCAGUUUUCGGUGGAAGGGGCUUCGUUCCAUUUGUUCCCGGUUCUCCAAGUAGUGUAGCAGAUGGACCUACUUGAGUCUGGAGGCCAAUCGCAUGUUCUAUUAAUCUUCUCCCCGAGAAAAAAAGUAGAAUUACAAGGAUGCUAUUGAUGGAGUUGUAAUCUAGGAGUCAAUCAUAAGAGUUAAGAGUUGUGAGUUGGUUGCGUUUCUUAUAAAUGUCGAACAUAUUUUUAUUAAUAAUUUUUUUUUUAAUAUUUAAUAAUAUGUUCAUUUUAAUGUUUUUUUAUCUAGAUGAAA